GUUAUUAAAGACCCACCUCCUCAAAGACCUCGUCCACCACCACCACCUAUGCCUGACCCUGAUCCAGAACCCAAGAAGAAAUGGCCGACCGUGGAUGCAUCUUAUUAUGGGGGAAGAGGUGCUGGUGAAUCAAACGCAUGGAGGUCCGUUGGGGAGAGAAAGGGUCCACAGAGGAGGGUGCAAGGCUAGAGAUGGCUAAGAAUGCAGUGGUGUCGAUACCAGAAGAGGCAGAAGAGUCCAUGAUCAAAAAGCCAAAAUCACCACCACCCACAUAUAAUCAACAUGAAUCCAAAUGGUAUACUCCGAUCAGGGGCCGCCUUCAGGCACUGUGGGCUCUGCUGCGGCGGCAAUAUGACCGAGUUUCCCUCAUGAGGCCCACUACUGCGGACAAGGGAAGGUGUAUAAAUUUCAGCCGGAUACAGCGUCAAUAGAUGACAGUUGCCAGUCCCCAAAUAAUUUUCUCUUCCAAAACGCUGAUGGGCCGACAGAAAAAGCAUCUUUUCCUCUGGAUGACAUGGCUUGUCUACUGCCACUUUAAAGUAUCCUGCUUCAGACUGAUGUACAAAGGGAUCCCGUUUUGCGUAGUAUUAGCUUUCCAAACUUAAUUAAGUAUUAUAUGGUAUCCCUCCAGCUACUGAAUAAAAAGAGGAGGAUUAAAUAUCAUUCAAAUUGUCAGAUUUUACAGCGGAUCUGGUUAUGCACCGCAAAGAAGAGUUUUUUUAUACUUUGACCAUAUUGUGCCUUAUGUGGAAAAUAAAUAAUCUUAUGGACACAGACGGAGGCUAUUUUCAAAAAAGCGGAAUAAGAUAAGGCUCUUUGCCGUUGGCUGGGAAGAAGAACUAAUCCCAGUAGUCUCGCAGAGAGCAGAAGUACUUUGCCUCUUGGCAAUGUCUCUUCACAAAAAUCUCUCCAAGCCCACUAUCGUCGGAUGCCUAGCGGGGUUUCUUUGACUGGAGAUCUUGUCAUUUUAACACAGAGAAGCGCACACGCAUGACAAAUUGUAGACAGUAUGCCCUAAGGUAUUGGAAGCAGUAAGAUUUUGCCCUUUAGUUCAUGAAGACACCUUUGUAUCAAUGCGAGAACUGAGCAGAGAAAUUAAUAGAGCGUUAUUGCACCGCAAGACACCCUGUGACCAAAGUGCUCCGGCAAGGUUUUGAGGGACACAUUUCCCUCUGGUGGCUGAUGCCUCCACCCCACAUAUUUGGCAGUCUGUUCUGUGCUCACUAAUGCAUAGACAUUCACAAUUCAUAAACGUGUCCAUCGGUUUAAGGUUUUUAGACGUAAAUACUGCUGUCUGUUCACUGCUCUCCAAAGUUGUUUCCAGUGGUAGCUUUUGGCACAGAAGUAUCAAACUUUGGUAGCAGUAGCAGCAGCAGUAUGUGAACUUUUCUAAGAGGUUUAUAUUUUAAAUCAGGUUCGACGUGAAAUGACCUACACUCGCAUCAAUAGAAAUGAAGAGUUCUUCAUCUGUGCCCUCACAUCCAAAACAUCUGAAAGAUCGAACCGAAAGGGUCGACGGACGGAUAAGUAUUGUUCAUUUCCAGAAAUUAUCCACGUAGCGCUCCCCCCUCUAUUCGCACACAGAAAGGCGAGCAAUAGAUAUUUAUUUUAGAUUUCUUCAACGCGCUGUCACGACGACGAUUGCGAGUGAUGUCAGCGCGAGCGGAGACACUGUGGGGGAGGAAGAGGGCGGCAGCUGAAGAAAAAGGCUCGAACGAUCCAGUCACUUUCGAUACGCUACUUCAGAUGCAAAAUGGAUAUUCGAGUCGAAAUCUGACAAAGCGUGCCGGCUUUGACGGGAAGUGGUAUAGACAAUGACCAGUGGCUGGGUCAGUGGGAUGUCUCGGUGCAAGCAGGGAUGCUUAUCAAAUGACACUAAAAAUAAGUUCAACAACCAUCAAGUUUGAGGGGGGAACAGAACGGGGUGGAGUGGCUCGCAUUUGGUGGGCAUGCAAGUGUGCAAGAUGGCAGGACCAUUGGGGACAAAAAGCUCUGGUUUAAUUAUUUCUUUGUUGCUCGCGUCGUAAUUGUAGAGACGUUAAUAAUUACUGCCCUCGUCCCCCCCCAUCCCCUCUAAAAUUUUGAAAGAAUGAUAUACAAGCCCAGAAAAGGUAAACAUUCUAACCGUUAUUUGAGUGGCACCUGCAACUUUAGCACUUCUUGGAUAGUUUAGGUGAGUGUAAUUUACAACCUUAUUUUGGCAGGUUUGUCCUACGUUUGAGAUCAAAGGUAUUUAGUUAAGUAUUAUAUUUUCAUAUUAGAUGCAACGCAGCUUCAUAUCAUUAUCAGCUAUUUCCGUGGCUCACCAGAAUCUCUGAUUUUGCCUUCCUUUUUUUAUAUUUUUUUGUACUUUAAUGUUUCUAAAUCAUUGUAUUUCCUUGUUUAAUUUCCUUUUUUGUUAAGAUACAUUUUACUUUAUUUAUAUUUUGCCUGGGAUUCGAGACAUUUUUGUGUUUUUAUGUUUCUGGGCCCAUUUAUGCCAAUUUUAUUUUUAUUUUUGUGUAGCAUAUGGAGUUCUUCGUAAUAUUGAACUAAAGGCAGGAUAUAAAAAAUUAUAAAAAAAGAUUAGUCAUUUAUGUAAAAAAUGUAAUAUUGCAAAGUAAAUGUACAGUUUGCAUAAAACAAUUAUUUUGUGUUUGAACAAAUGAAUGUCAACAACAGUGCACUAUUUUCUAAAUUAUAACGCAAAAGCAAUAUAUUAAUUUAGUUAAUUUUAAUCAAUUUAGUUAAAUUUAAAUAAUACCUUCUUGUAGACAUUGACAUUUUACACAUUUUAAGUUAGAUACAUUUGUUGUAGUACAGUACCUGUCUUAUAGUUUUAUUUAAAUGUCCCACUGCAGUCUGGCCAGUGAAUGUAAUUUUCAAAGUAACUUAUUUUCUUCUCCAUCUACACAAACACCAAAUAAAUAAUUGUGUUUUCUGAUUCAACAAUAUAGUAUGAUAUACUUUUUAUUAUCUUUUCUUGAAAACAUCACUAGUGCAGUGGCUCAAAUUAAAAAUGUCCAUUCUUUAUUCAACCUCGUGUCAUUCCAAACCUGUCUAUGACUCUUUUUUCUGUGCAACUCAAAAUAAGAUAUUUUAAUAAAAUUAUCAGGAGUUUUAUGUACAGACAAUAGUCCAAAAUAUCUUAUAUCUGCUUUAUAAUGCUGGUUUUUGAAUGACAACAAGGUGCGUAAAAUACGAAAAAAGUUUAUUAGUCAUUAAAAGCUCUCAAAAGACAUUAGUCUCUCAUCAUACUGUAGACACAGGCCAUUUAUGUUCUUUAGAUUGCACAUAUACACUUUGCAAAAUUGACAUCCAAAUACCACAGUUUUUUAUCAUUUCUUUUAUCAGCUAGUGCAUCGAGCAGUUCAUGUUCAGCUCCACUGUAGGCAAAUAGAUGCAAUGCUCAGGAGCAAAUAGUGUAUCAAUAAAUGCAGGGAAGUUUAUACAUUUAACUGUUCUGAGCAUGUUCACUAUGUUAUUCAUCUGUUUUUAUCUAUUUGUGCACUCGUUUUAUUACUUAAAAAAGUAGAUCAUGGUAUGCUGAAAUAAGAUCAUGCACACAAAAACAUUUUCACACUUAUCAUCAUUGUGUGAAUGAUUUUAAAUGCAUCUCAUUUUGUGCAUUUCUCUUUCUCUCAGUAUUAUAGUUUCAGUCUUUUUCUAUCAUUUGUACUUUGCAUUUAUUUGUAUAAAUAAAUUGCACCUCUUUGAAAUGAA